CUUUGGAGUCGACUCUAGACUCUGAACCUCUGAUCUUCAGGCUUUGAAUUAUUCUCGGGACAAAAGUAGAUUCGGCAGUAUUACCAGUGAGAUUGGAGAAAAACGAUGAGCUGUCCAGAGAAACAAAACACUGAGCCACACAUAGUCACAGAGGAGGUUAUUGCGGCUGGGAAGUGGGUGAAGCUUGAAAAAACCACUUACGUGGACCCUUCUGGAAACACCAGAAUAUGGGAGACAGCAAAGAGAACGACAAGACCAACCAACAUUGAUACAGAUGGUGUGGAAAUCAUAGCUCUUCUAAAGAGGACCCUGCAUAAAGACUGUGUUGUGUUGGUGAAACAGUACAGGCCACCAAUGGGAUGCUAUACUCUGGAGUUUCCUGCAGGUCUCAUUGACGAUAAUGAGACGCCUGAGACUGCCGCACUGAGAGAGCUAAAGGAGGAGACAGGCUACAGGGGAGAAGUGGUGGGAGUCACUCCAGUCACAUGCCUUGAUCCAGGCCUGUCUAAUUGUACCACACAGAUUGUGAUGGUGAACAUUAAUGGUGAUGAUAUUGAAAACAUAAAUCCCGCCCAGCAGCUCGGUGAUGGAGAGUUUGUGGAUGUGAUUCUACUACCUCUAGAUGAAUUUCAAACAAAAAUUAAUGAUUUACUGAAGAAGGAAAAGAUUGUGGUCGACUCCAAAGUGUACAUUUAUGCAAUGGGAAUAUCCCAAGCUUUUUUUAAACCCAGUGAGCUCCCUGUGCUUAAACAGUAAGACUUGCAGUCCUUAUACCCUUCAAAAAGCUAGAAUCAUAAAAGGCAAAUAAAUAAUACAAAUCUGAUUGCUGUUUAUCUAUUGAAUGGCAUUACCAUUGAUACUUGAGCAUUCCUAGCACUAACAGAACUGACUUGUCUGUUUACAUUGUUUGCAUCUAUUAAUAAGAUGCAUUUAAGACAAUUUUGGACCAAAAAAAUAUCAUAUGAAAAUUUUUGCUAAACAUUGAUAUUAUUGGUUUUAGUUUCUUCAAGAUUUAACAUGGUACAUUUAGAAUAUUUGUUUUGAUUUUACUAGUUAAAGAUGGGCUGCACCUGAAGUGUGUACACAGCAGUACUGUGAUGCUUAAACAUUAUCUUUUAAAGACUAAAAUGAACUAAUCUGUUUAAAAACUGUUUAGUCGCUGCUAUACUGAAAUGACAACAAAAGCAAUUGUGUGAGAUGUUUUAACUUUCAACUAAUAAACAUCAUAUUAAUA